AUGGCUAGUUCUGAAGCAGAUACUGUCGAGGUCCAUCCAGUGACUUUUCCUCCUCAAGUUCUCGCUCGUAUAUCCCCAGAAUUGUCUCUACAGAGACAUCUUUCGUUGGGUAUAAGACCAUCUUUGAAACGAUUUGAGGAAUUUAGAGAUGUACAUAUCGAUCAGAAUACUCUUUCUAGGUAUAAAUUAGAAAAUGCUGCAUCAGAAGAUUCAACUAAUAGCGUAUUAGGAUCUAAUGUUCUCAAGAGCGGGAAGACGUUCGUCAUUACGUCUAUCACUGGUGGUAUAGUGGAAGAGACACUGCCAGUGGAGACUGAAGAUCCAGGUGAACAAGAACUCGAAGAUUUGACUAAAGGAAGAGAUGAAAUUUCUAAAUUCGCACCGGUAUAUCCAUUAGUAGAAGUGGAAAGAGGUCGUGUAGGGGCCCCCACGGAUGAAGAAAUGACUAUUUCACAGAAAUUGCACGAUUACGUGUUACAUUCAGGAUUAAUCCCAAAAUCUUCAUUAAAGGUACAAUGUGGUGUGCGUACCACUGAAAAAUCUGGGGAGGCUAAAGUUCUAUAUCCAGAUGAAGAUGUCGACGUCUCUACAUCUAUUCGUACACUAUCACAAAGGAAAUGGUCCUACGUUCUUUAUGCUAAAAUCGUGGUCUUUAGUCGAACGGGUCCUGUGUUCGACCUAUGUUGGAAUUCUCUGCUUUAUGCCCUUCAGGAUACUCGUCUUCCCAGAGCCUUCAUUGAUGAGCGUGCUACAGACUUAAAGAUGACUAUAAGGACUAGAGGUAGAAGUGCGUCAGUUAGAGAGACCUACGAAAUUUUAUGCGAUCCAAGGAGAUCAAUUCCAUUAAAAAUUUCCAGAGAAAGUGUGGGGUAUGCUUCUAGUUUUGGUGUUAUUGAUUUAGACCCAGAAAUGGCCUUGGAUCAAGAAGAUCAUGAUAUGGAAAAAGAAGAAAGGCAACCAAUUCUGCUAGCAGAUUUAGAUACCGAAGCAGAAGAAGCAUGCAUACAAUCGACCAUCUGUAUUAUUACUGAUUCCAAUGGUAACCUAAAAAACAUUGAUAUUCUAGGAGGAGGCGCUAGGGUGACACCUGCCAUACUUCGUAGAGCUAUUAAUUUGGCCCAACUUAGAGCAAGGAACCUGGAGUUUCUAACAGCACCAGAAGUGUAG